GUAUGAGAGUGAGCCAGUUCUAGAUGACCUCGAUAGUUUUGCUGGAUCUGAAGCACAAGCUUCACCUGAUAUCAGCAGACGCAAGCAGAGUUUGACAGAAUUCACCUCCAGUUUCUGGCGAUCAGAAGAGAACCUUUACCCUGGCACUGGCAGGAAAGACCCAGGGAAGCCAUCGUUUUCCCUGAUUGUCAGUUUUGGCAAGAAGUACACAGUACUACAGCAGAUGGUCGAGUGGUUGGAGCUCUGGGGUAGCCAGUUUCACAGUCUUGGAGUCCCUGGUGGAGAGAAGAUCCUAGACAUAACUCCAAAGAUCAAGAUUCACAUUCCAGCACAACUGAUUGUUCUAGCACUGUGGCUGCUAGAGCAUAAAUACAGUCCUAGCAGUACAGCAAAUCAUGGCCGAGAGAAGUCUCCACAUGGUCGGCCAUCAGCAAGGCAGAACCAGAGUUCAUUACAAUUUCAAACAUCAGAUUCUGCUAAAAGUCUAGAAGAAGUGACCAGAAGCCAAAAUGCUCAGGUUUUGGGACUUUCUGUUCCUCCUGCUACACAAGAGCAAGAUGAGAUCAUUCAUGCAUAUACCAAUAUACUGGAUGAACAUGAGGAGAGCAGUUCCAUUGACGUCAGCUCCUUGGCAUCUGAUGAACUUGAUGGCAACUUGAAAACAACACUCAAUCUUAUUAGGAGUGAUGACACAGGGGGACCUGGUUUGAACCCUCCACAACCUAAAGACAGGGGCACUCUUGCAAAACAACAUCAUGCAGAUGCAGCCUCACAAAAUCAUCGGAAUACUCACAGUCAAACAGACAAGAACAGCAACCAUCCCAAGAGGCAACCAGCUUCUGAUGGACAUCCCAACCCAGUCAGAAGGGAGGAUCUGGGAGGGGACAUCGCCAGUCAGCUGCAAGGGGUCAUUAGAGAUGAGUUGCGGAGAAUCAUGGAGGCUCAGCAUUACAGCGUUCUGGCUAUGAUGGGAGCUCUGGACCACAAACCGUCCAGUGAUGUUAUGACUCUGGCUGUGUCACAGACUUCACCUCCAGUUGGCCAGAGUUUUGUCCAGAAACAAGCCACCUUUCAGAAACAGUCAGAACAACACAGUCCUCAUUCACAAAUGUCUUCAACACAGAAGAAUCUUGGCAGAAAAAAGGAGAGAGAAAUGGUGGAGGUUGAGUCUGUGGCAGAAACGCCAUCACAUUCUGUAACUACCAGCAGACAUCAACAUCUGUCCCAGAGUGAACACCUCGGUGCAGUCAUGGAGAAUGUUUUCUUGCGUUACCCAGGAAACGCGAAAGCUUUAAAUGGAUUUAAGAUGUCAUUGAUGAUUCUGUGCUACCUGUGGUACAGUGUUCACAUUGUAGGCAAUUGCCUUGUGAGCCACCUUUGCUUUGUAAUUGCAGAGGGAUUGUUAAUGUGUGCAACAUGCACUUGGGUCCACCCAAUCAGUCACCAAAACUACUUUACUCCGACAACACAGCAGUUUGUUCCACCUCCGUCCACUCAACCAUUGUUCUCAUAUUUGGUCCCACCUCCACAAACCUUUCCACAGCCCAGGGAUGAGCAGCCAGUGCCAUUGCUCUCAGUGUCAGCUGGCGAGAACCCUCUGUCAGGCUUCCCUCUGCUCAGAAUCCUUUCUCCAGGCUCAUCUUUUGUGAGUUCAGGAGCAGCUUUAGAUAAGAUGAAACAGAAAGAGAAGAUUGAAGAGACAAGACAGAAACUGCUGAGGCAGUUCCAAGAGCAGGUGCUUCAAGAUAAGGAGAGUGCAAACCAGCAGAUUCAGGCACAUCAGAUGCUUCGCCUGGACACUCCAGAUGAGCUGGUGAGUCAA